AUGGCUGCCGUUUACCAUCUCAAUGGCAAAGGAGGGUUGAAGGGCUGGCAGUGGCUAUUCGUGGUUGAUGGGAUAAUCUCGCUGCCCAUCGCCCUUUCCGGAUUCUUUCUCCUUCCUGACGUUCGAGAGAUCACCACUGCAUGGUAUUUCAACCAAGAGGAGCGCGAGUUCGCGGUGAAGCGAAUGAAACUGGAGGGACGCGCCCCUCGGGCCCCGUACACUAAGGCCAAGUUCAAGAAGAUCUUCUCGUCUUGGAAGAUAUAUAUGCUGGCAACCUUGUACAUGACCUUCAACAACGCGGGAUCAGGAGUCGGUCAGCCUACCUUUGCACAGUACCUCAAGGACUCGACGCAUCCCAAGUACACGAUCUCACAGAUCAAUACAUAUCCGACCACCACAUAUGCGGUGCAGGUCGUCAGUACGCUCAUCUAUGCUUGGACGUCGGAUAGUAUCUUUCGUGGCGCCCGGUAG